GUCGACGAUGUUACGCCUCCCUCUCCGCUCUUUGCCUGCUUGUCGGCGGCACGCACUAUCCCAGAUCGCCAGGAAUGCGUCUACACAGGCCUCAGAGUCUUCUCCAUCCAAAGCUCGCUCGACUUCUUUGCUCUUUGGCCUCGGCUCUGGCGCCCUCAUAGCGUCCUACUUUCUAUGGCCGGAUCAGUCUAGGGCUGCGCCGACCAAGAAGAACUCGUUGCUCUCACCAACACACUUCACACCAGUUGAAAUCACCGAGACAGAGCCAUGUCCUGACCCAAACACGCGCCUUAUGACCCUCACCGUACCCCGACAAUCCAUACCCUCCCUUAACGAGACCGCGUUCCAGCCAAUUUGGUCAAUAUACAUCAAAGAUGACGACAUCCAAGUCGAACGCCCUUUCACCCCACUGGAGGGCAUGGACAGCGAGGGCCGGAUGAAGUUUUGGAUUAAGAGGUAUGAGCGGGGCGAAGUGGGUCGGUGGCUGCAUUCGAAGAAGGUCGGAGACAAGAUUGAAAUUCGCGGCCCACUGAAAACAUGGCCAUGGCAGGAGGGUGAAUGGGAUGAAGUCGUUAUGAUAUCGGGCGGCACGGGUAUCACGCCUUUCUACCAGCUGAUUCAUAAGGAGCUUUUGAGCCAAGCCUCCCCGAAGUCCAAGACGCGAUUCACGCUGCUACACUCCUCCCGUCGGCCGACAGAACUGCCGCCAGCGGAGUUGCUGCGGCCCCUCUUGGCUUACUCUCAGGCACAUCCGGACAAGCUAAACCUGCGCUUGUUCGUUGAUUCCUCCGAGGGCCCAUCCCACCCGGCGGCGCCAUCGUCCACGCUCGCCGUGGGUCGCAUCGGGAGGGCGGCAAUUGAAGACGCGAUGGGCGCGGGCUCGAAGAGCUGGUGGCGAAGUCUAUUCGGCGCAUCGUCGAGCUCACGAUCGCUGGGAAACGAGGCCGGCAAGAAGGUCAUGUUCCUCGUGUGUGGCCCGGACCCAAUGGUGGCGGCCAUCGCUGGGCCUUUCGGCCGAAACUUCUCACAGGGCGACGUUGGUGGGGCGCUGGGGGAGCUGGGGUACGACAAGGCGUCCGUUUGGAAGCUGUAGAUUCCCAUUGGGGGCCUCUAUUUGAGAAGUUUGC